AUGGGAUUCAAUUGCCUUCUCCCAUCGCGUUCACUCAUUCGCAUUUCCGGUGUCGUCUCUCAUGAGUUUCUGCAGGGACUCUUUACAAAUGAUUUACGGCUUCUUUUGCCUGGUGGAAGUAUUUGGGGUUGUUUCUUAUAUCACACCGGUCGAGUGAUGUGUGAUGCGUAUUUAUAUCAACCCACAGUUGUGAAAGAUAAUGGGCAAACCUCCAUUAUAGUGGAUGUCCACUCUGAUAUGGUGAAUAGACUGCAGGAACAUCUUCUUGAGAUGCGAAUGCGAAAGAAACUGCAGAUUGAGAAUAUAAGUAAAGACUUUACCAUACUUGCCAGUACAGGUCCAUCCUGUUCUUCCUCCUCCUCUUCUUGUAGUUGUAGUAGUAGUAGUGGUAAUGAUUGUGGUAUGGAAACUUAUGUAGAUCCCCGCAGCUUCGCCCUUCCCACACCACUACACAAAUCCAUUCUUCCCACUGCGGAGAUCCCAACAAAAACAACAACAACAACAACAACAACAAGAGAGAGAGACCCGGAGGGGAAUUAUCACAAAUUUCUCUACAGCGCUGGUGUGGGGGAGGGGCCGGAUGUCUUUCGACACGCCAAGACCCUCCCGUUUGAGGCGAACACCGACUUUCUGCGAGGCGUGAGUUUUCACAAGGGCUGCUACAUUGGACAGGAACUCACUCACCGCACACAUGUAAUGCUGGUGACGCGAAAACGAACUGUUCCAUUUCAAUUACGACAGUCUGCUGGGCGAGUGGUUUCUAAAGGUGAGGCGUUAUUUGCGGAUGGACAGAAAGUUGGUGAAGUUCUUACCAGCUGCGGUGAUGUUGGACUCGCACUGUUGCGAUUGCGUUGUCUGAGAGAAGAUCCGCAGUUGUUGUUAUUGCAGGAUGGAGUGGCCGUAGAGGUGCGAAUACCAAAGUGGUGGGAUGCACGGGAGGUGCGGAAGAUCAUGUCAAUGACAACAACAACAACAUCAUCAUCACAGGGGUAA